AUCCGCUAUAAAGACUACUUCCUGUUUAUAUCUGCCCAAGCACCUGCUAAAGCUUUUGGAGCUAUCCACUCUUGUAUUGUUGCUAGUAUUGAUUACACGCAGGCUAGUUAUGCAGAAAGAAGAGAAACAACUUGAAUCAUCAGUUGAUGUGUUGAUUCAAAAUGUGAAAGAUUUGAAGAACUCCAUCUCCUCUUUCUUACAGAAACUUGAACAUGAGUAUGACCACCUAAGCUGGCCAAAUGUCUUGGACAACUUUGCUCUGCUGUCUGGUCAGCUGAACUCCUUAGGGAAACAGCUGAAGGGAGACAAGAUCACCACGCUGAGAAACUAUGUGCUGUUUCCUGUACUCCUGUCCCCAGAGAGGGACCUGGAACUGGAAAAACUGACGGAGGAGCGUGUGCUGGCUUUUAAUCAUGAAGUUGUGCCUGAUUACCUGCGGACAAAGCCUGAUGCGGAGGUGGAGGAGAAGAUUCAACCUCAGCGCGCCAAGGCCUCCUCGGUGGUUCCUGAAAAUGCAACGAAACAACUCAACACGUUGAAUAAAAUCACCAGCAAUAUUCUGGACAUCUUGAACUCUGCUAGAGAUGAAUGGGAGAAAGAGACAGUACAAAAAACAGCCCAGCCACAGACCUCAAUACAGUCGGACACUCACACACUGAUCGCAGCAACACUGGUAGGGAAAGGGCUGAGGAUGCGACCCAACCCACCGACCACACCCACCCCACCCAUGCCCGGACAGUCAUCCGGUCAGCAACAGAAGGUUCAACAAAAGGCACAAGGCUCACUUGGAAAAGCCCCCAGUGCGAUAAAGACCAACAUCAAGGCUGCUAACACAUCGCAUCCUUAUCAGAGAUCAUGAUUCAGUUUGACGGGAGAUUCAUCCAUCAGCAGGCAACAUAAGGUCGUGAUUCAGUGUGACGGGAGAUUCAUCCAUCAGCAGGCAACAUAAGGUCGUGAUUCAGUGUGACGGGAGAUUCAUCCAUCAGCAGGCAACAUACGGUCGUGAUUCAGUGUGACGGGAGAUUCAUCCAUCAGCAGGCAACAUACGAUCGUGAUUCA